CUCGGGGAGUGUGGAUGUGGUUGUUGUACCCGCGCUCCUCACACGAUCCGCAGCCCACUGAGCUGUCACGCCUCGCCGCCUCCUCCUCCACCUCCACCUCCUCCUCCUCCGCCUCCGCCAGCGCCGCAUGGUCCUGCCCGGUGCCGCGGUGCUGCUGCGCUGUAGCCGAGUUCCGGCCGCUGCUGCUCGGCGUCUCCAGAGUCCGAUGUCCCGGCGGUGUCCUCCUGUCUUCUGCUCGCCGAGCCAAACCCUCCAGCUGCCGCCUGCGGGCUCACUCCUCCAGCGCCACAGGUCGUCCAGCCCGCGGGACUCCUCCAAGUGGACUACACACGCGUAAAAGUCCCGCAGAAAUUACUGCCCCUCUUUAUUUCAUUGCUGCUUCUCCCCACCCCCCCCUGCUUUUUUAUUUUUUAUUUUUAAAGAAGAGUUUUCCAUUCACCUGGAGGACGGUAGGAACCAUGAGUGGUCGCGGGGACGAGGCCGGGGAGAGCUCCGGCUCCCAGGAGCCCACCGGUGCCGCGGAGCCCCAGAAGAGGAGGCCGGGGAGACCGAGGAAGCCACCGAAAGAGCCAAGUGGAGAGCCUGUCCCCAAGCGACCAAGGGGCCGUCCCAAAGGAAGUAAGAACAAGGGCCCUUCCAAGGCAGCGCAGAAGAAAGCAGAGGCAACCGGGGUGAAAAGACCCAGAGGACGACCCAGGAAAUGGCCACAACAAGUCGUCCAGAAAAGGCCUGCUCAGGAAGAAGACGAAGAAGAAGAAGAAGAAGAAGAGGAGGAGGAGGCUGGAGAGUCCCCAGAGAAGGACUAAGCUUCCACACCGUCAAACCUCUACCUCAAUCAGCUGUCAGGUCUUUCGAAGGAGAAAGACUGCCUUGACCACUUAAUUUAGCCUUUUCCCAACAUUAUUCUACUUCAAUUCGAGAAUUUCCAAUGUUAAUCUUUCCGUUUUCAGUCUCAGCGUGCGUCCACACUGAUCAGUCAGCGAACAGAUGGAAAUGUUCAGUGUUUUUGAUACGUUUCUUUUACACAGGUCAUUCAGAACGCAGCAGCAUCAGAAAGAAACUAAUCGUACUGUUGCCGCCUCCUCUUGGCCGAUCACACAAAAGCUCACCUCCACACAUUCCGCCUGUCAAACAGUCAGGCAGAGACACAUCAUCAGCAAAUACAACAAACCUACACUCCUCAGUCGGAAUUAUCUAAAAACAAACAGAAACAGCCAUAAUGAGUAAGUGUGGCCCGCACCCCAACAGUUGGGGUUUGUGGUCCCUCAGACACAUCAUCAUCUUCAAAUGCCACUGAGCAUUAGCAGACCCCAUCACAUACCCCGUCGGUGUUCACUGGUUCUCCAGACGUCAGUAGAAAAGAAACUGGGUCAGUCUGGUUUGGUCAUUCAGGAAUGAAAGAUCAAAUGUCUGCCGUUCCAAUAUUUCACUGUUGGCUCUAAAACAAAGGAGCGACCUUCCCUCUCCACAUGCAAACCAAACUGGUGUCAAGCCACCAAGGACAGGGAGACACAGAGAUAUUUCCUCAGGGCAGUGGCUGGGCUAAGGCCACUUCGACAAAGAAGUUUGCUCAAGUUGUUAGCAUAACAAGCUUGUAUAUAUAUAUCAUAUAUCAUCUUUAUAUUUCACAAAUAUAAAUCCAUGUUCCCUGCAGCACCCACUACAAAGGUUCAUCAUGGGAGGAAAUGCUCUCGUCUCUUGACAAACCCAACCAUGCCAGCAAUCAAUUAUUAUUAGACUGGUUGUUUCAGUUUUACCCCCCAAUUUAGUUUUUUAACAAAUUCUUAAUCCUUUUCUGGUGAAUUCUACAAAUGUAUUGGUUUAGAAAAUACAAACGCCAUGUCCAAGCUGGAAAGUUUGAGAUUUUUAACAUCAAUAUAGCAGCAAAUAUCUUCAGUCUUUUCUAUGCAAAGAUAUAGUGGCGUAAUGGCGUCCUGAGUGGAGUUCGCAGUCCCACUUCCUGUGUUAGCACACCCAAAGCCCAAUUCGUGCUUUUGCAUCAAGGCUAUGGUGUAACCUGAGUGUAGACGUGCACUCUACACAGAGCCCCACGCCGUGCCCUGACGUGCACCUCCCCAAAAAUGUAAAUAUACGUUGAGGCGAUGCAGACCGUAAAGAGUUGUGAUUUUUUAAUUGAGUUGAAGAACCGAACACGGAGGACGUCUUUAUUUUCUUCAUUGCAGUUCUUUAAGAAAAAGUAAUUAUCCUUCAACAUCUAUCAGCUCCAACUCCAAUAUGGUCCUCUUAAUAACACUUGUCAUUGUUGUGUAGUAAACAGAAACGUGGACCACAAACCACAAAACACUUAACACCAGCACAGAAACUCUACAGCCAGUAGUUUUGGUGUUAUAAUUGCAACUCGUCUCACACACACACACUAUGAAUGCUCCGCCCCGGGCUGAGGCUACGUGCGCACCUACGUUGUAUUGAGCAUCAGACCGUGUUAGAUCACACGUUAUUAAUUCAUAAGGCAUUUCAGUCAACUAAAAAUCUUAAUACCUCUUAUCAGUGCAGCUAGAAACGAUGGUUGUGAGAGCCAGCUCAAUGCUGACAAAAUCCAACCCUUGAGGCUAACAAAUGAUUGUUCCCCCUUUUAUCCGGCACAAAGCAAAAUAUGAUUCAUUCAAGUGACAGUUACUCGCCAAGGUGCGACCACACCCACCUGGCUUUGUAUGGGAAUAUGAGAAGGCAUUAUUGGUUUAUUGCAUGUUAUGCCCCAACACACACCCAUGAUUUACCGAGCACACCCCUUUUGAAACAUGCACCUGUUGGAGUUGGACACGCCCUAAAAGCAUAUGUUCCUCUCACUAUAGACCACAUCGAUAAACUAGAGCCUAUUUCCCAUACCGCUUAUUUGAAAUGUAUUGAUUUGAUUUUUGAGAUACGUCCAGGGUCAGAGAGAUUUUUAAAAGAGGUAACCAAGAUUGCAAACUAUUGAGACACUACAAGAGCUCUGCUUUGUUUCCCCUGUUCUUGGUGGACUUAACACGCCUCUUUUAUUGGUCUAGAAAACAACAGAACGACUCUCUACAUCCUUAAUAAGCUCAGACGACACAUCCUUAACUAACCUCAGACUACUGUUUUUUUUCAGAUUUACAUUAACACACUUAUGUACAUAGCAUCACUCAGUUUGUUGUUUGCACGACAUAGCUUUAAAAUCUUGAUUCCAUCAUUGAUGUCACACUGCAAAGAAAAUCCAGAGGCUUGGAGAAAAACAAAACCUCAAGAAAAACCACAAGAACAAACCACACAUUACCUCUUGACACACUUGAUACCUGGAUUCAGCAGCAGUGUGACACUGAACGUCUCAUCUCGCACUGUAACCCCAGGGAGCCUCGGGUUUGAGGAAACCUGACGGUGUUGCCAGCGCUCUCUGGUCACUGAUAUGCAAUAUCUUCUCAUGACUUCCAACUACCUCUGACUCAGCACAACCAGCUCAUGAACACUGUUGCUCAGUACAAACAAAACCGACGCCACCGGGCGGGCAGAGGGCGUCUCGAUAUUUGAUAACGUGUUGUGAAAUUAUACUGUACAUUGAAGCGAGGUCAUGCCAGUGGUUCUUGUCAGGAGGGGAAAUGGCAAUUUGUCUUCAACUGUUUUUGUAAACGUCAAUUACAACCGAGUCAUGUGGGUCAAAAUUAAAGGAACACUCUGUUUUUUUUUUCUUCGGCCUGAAAAUCGCUUUAACACAAGAAGUGAGCAGAAAGUCUGAAAACCCUUGAUAAUAUG